GAAUAUUUAUAUAUGUCUUUGCUGUUGCUUGUGUAUUUUAUUGCUUUCUAGUUGCCGGUCUUAAUCACUGUUUGUCUUUGCAUGAAAUAAACACUGAAUUUAUAUAAACUUAAAGUUUCCAGUUUUGAAAGUGGAUAUGUGGUUGGGAAUAGACAAUUGUAAUUUGUUGGGGUCACUCUGAUUUUUGGAAAGUUAGGUUCGCUAAGAAGAGCCUGCAAUUUGCAUACUUGUUAGAUAUCCAGUUGGAUUUUCUUUCUUAUGCGUGUUGAAAAGGCGUGUAAAUUUUUGCUCUUUGUUUAUUGAGUUGUUGGAAAAUUUAUUUUAGUUGUUUUCUUAAUGUGGAUGUUCUUUUACUUAAUUUUACUUCUUUCAACCAAUGGCUUAUCUUUCCAACUGCUAAUGCUGAAGUUAAUAGCACGUAGCAUCAAUUGGUUAUAGGACUACAGAUUUGUUUAUCUUGAAAGUGACAUUUUUAAUUUUUAUGGAAGUUGCUUUGUUUGGUUCUUGUUGUUUUUUCUUUCUUUUUUACUUUUUUUUUGUUUUUUGUUUUUUUUUUGAAUUGUCAAUGAUAUCAUAUGCUGUUUGUUGUGCUGUGUAUCAGAAAGUUGGACGUGGGGAUGAGGACCAUUGAGUAUUCUUUUUCUGCAAGUUGAGGUUGUGGAUGUCUGUUAAUUAUGUCCAUACUUUUUCUGUCCUUUCUAUUUGAGUCACAGUAUGAACAUUUGUUAUACCUGGCAUCAAAUAAGCUGGCUUGUACGCGGCCGUAAUGGUCUUAAAAAACUUGUAUUUAAUAUUGUAAUCUCUUCCAACAGUGACAACUGGAUGCCUGUGGCUGUUUCCAUAUUUAAGGACUUGUUCUUUGAUUAUCUUUGUAAUUGAGUGCAUCUGAUCUUUGAUAAUAAGAUUUUGAUCGUGCAAGAAUGAAAACCAAGGGAGGAAAACGCUCAGAGCCUUUUUGGCCGUCUAUCGUGAUGAAGAAAUGGUUAAACAUACAGCCUAAGGCUUAUGAUUUUAGCGAAGAUGAGGUUGACACAGAAACUGAGAGUGAAGAUGAUGCGUGCUCUCUAAAUGAUGCAAGAGUGGACAUGUGUGAGGAUCAUGCAAGUAUGACGCAAGGGAACCAACGUGUAUCAAACCAAACUUCAGAAACACAUUCUAAGGGCUAUAAAUUAAGACACAGGAGAGGAAAAUCAGAAACUCUUCGUGUUCAAUAUAUAAAUACCAAGGAUAUCAGGGUGACAAUUGGCACUUGGAAUGUUGCUGGAAAAAUUCCAGAUGAAGAUCUUGAGAUUGAUGAUUGGCUUUGUACAGAAGAACAACCAGCAGAUAUGUACAUUAUUGGCUUCCAGGAGGUAGUCCCUCUGAAUGCUGGAAAUGUACUAGGAGUGGAAGAUAGUAAACCAAUUCCAAAAUGGGAGGCAAUCAUUCGAAGAACUCUGAACAAAUCCUUAGAACCUGAAAGCAUACACAAAAGCUAUAGUGCCCCACCCUCUCCAGUGUUAAGAACUUCUUCUGUUGCUGAUGUACUUGAAGAUAAUAUUGAUGUUCAUCCAUUAGAUUUAAUGAGUGAGGAACCAAUUGGGACCACGAAUUGUUAUGACCUGGAAGGAGAUGAUUCAAGUAAAGUAAUAGGUGCUGGAAAGAACUUAUGGUUGAAAAGAAUAUCUGCCAUCGAUGAUAGUAGAUUUGACUGGCCUGAACGUUCAUUAGAUGCAACUCCACAAGUAACCUCCUCAAAUACGAAAUUGCGGAGGGUAUGGAGCAGUUCUGCUAGAAUUGGCUUUAAUUGCUUGGAUAAUAAUCUUAUGGUCAAUUCUCAAAAUUUUUCACUUAAUGCUGGUGGACUGAAAAGAUCACACCAUAGCUCUGGAAACCUGGGAUUGCUCUUGAAUCAACAGGAGGUGCCUGCAGUUCUUGAAUCUCUAUCUGAUGAGCCUGAUGCGCUUUCUGAAGAGGAAGAUGACACUUUUCAAGAAAUGCCUAAUGAGCUACAUGGUAAUGAAACUAUCAACAGUGUGAGAGCACGUCCUAGAUAUGUGAGAAUCAUCAGCAAGCAGAUGGUAGGGAUAUAUGUGUCAGUUUGGGUGCGAAAGAGGUUGAGAAGACACAUUAACAAUUUGAAAGUUUCUCCUGUUGGGAUUGGUCUAAUGGGCUACAUGGGAAACAAGGGAUCUGUUUCUGUGAGCAUGUCGCUUUAUCAAUCACGGUUGUGCUUUGUUUGUUCUCAUUUGACCUCUGGUCAGAAGGAAGGUGCUGAACAGAGGCGUAACUCAGAUGUAUAUGAAAUCAUACGACGUACGCGUUUUGCAUCAUCUGUCUUUAACAUAGAUCAACCAACAACAAUUCCUUCACAUGAUCAAAUAUUCUGGUUUGGGGACUUGAAUUAUCGUCUCAAUAUGUUGGACUCAGAGAUAAGGAAUCUCAUUGCUCUGAAGCGAUGGGAUGAACUUCUAAAAGGUGAUCAGCUGAGCAAAGAACUAUAUGGUGGGCAUGUAUUUGAGGGGUGGAAAGAGGGGUUCAUAGACUUUCCACCGACUUACAAGUAUGAGAUCAACUCCGAUAGAUAUGUUGGUGAGAACCCAAAAGAAGGAGAGAAAAGGAGGUCUCCAGCAUGGUGUGACCGCAUACUAUGGCUUGGAAAAGGCAUAAAACAAACUUCUUACAAGCGAGCAGAGUUAAGGAUCUCAGAUCAUCGCCCAGUCUGUUCAAACUUCGUGGUUGAAGUGGAAGUCUUUGAUCAUCGGAAGCUGCAAAGAGCUCUCAAUUUCAACUUGGCAGCAGUACAUCCUGAUAUUUUCCUGGAUGAAGAAAUUAUUUAGAAUACCCAAUGGAAAGGCCAGGGGUUUGCAGAGUAUACUGACAAGGUUGGAGGAGGAUAGGUAUCCUUUCUGACUACUGGGUGGGUCCCAAGAAGUUGCAUCAAGCAGCCACACCAGCAUACAGAUUAUAGUUAGGAUAAAAAAGCAAUUUGUGAAAUCACAUAAAUACAAGCAUUUGUAAAAUGGGAAUAAAUAGUGUUACCAAUGUAGUGUAUAGAACAAAGCCAAAAAAGUGUAUUUUCUUUUAGACACCUCCUACUUGGGUGUUUACUGGGUUUUGGUACAUUUUCUCUGUAACAUUUUGGUAUUUCUUUUGUAAUGAUCAAUUUUUUACUCUAAUUUGUGAAACAAAAUCAUAAAUUUUUACUUGAA